AUUAGCAGACAAGAUACAUUCCAUGUGUGGAAUACAGCGUGGAGACCUUACAGCUGGCACAUACACAUACAACUAUAUUUACAUCCAUACACAUUGAAUGCACGCAGACAUACAUUUUAUAUUGGAUAUAUAUAUUUAUGAUACAGCACUCACAUAUUAUAUACACUGUAACAAACGAGUGGGGACCAGGACCAAAACAAAACUUUCUGAUCAUGCACAUUGGCACUUUUCUACAGCAACUGGUGGAGACCUGCUUGGUGGUGUAGGAUUACUUAUAUGUCACAACCUGCAGAAUCUGAACUGAAGGCAUUUCCUGGCUGUUCAGCGCAGAGAAAACCGGGAGUUUCCAGUACAAACCCGUCACUGUGGGUUGAGCUGUCAAAAGCGGGACUGUCCAGCUGAAAACGGGACAGUUGGGAGGUCUGGUGUAAGCACUCAAGAUGAAUCAGUGCUUUUAUAAUGAGAGUAUUAAGUUCUUUUACAACAAUAGCGGGAAAGAACUCUAUGACACAUGGAGGACCAAGGACAAGCUGGUGGUGGUUUUGGGACUUACAGUGUGUGUCUUUGUGAUGUUGUUCAACCUGCUUGUGAUAACCGCCAUUAUCAUCAACAGAAGAUUCCACUAUCCAAUCUAUUAUCUCCUGGGGAACCUGGCUGCAGCCGACCUGUUUGCUGGGGUUGCUUAUACCUACCUCAUGUUCCACACGGGGCCAAAUACAUCUAAAUUAACCAUAAAGACCUGGCUCGUUCGACAAAGUCUACUGGACACUAGUUUGACAGCAUCAGUGGCCAACUUACUGGCCAUAGCUGUAGAAAGGCACCAGACAAUAUUCACCAUGCAGCUCCAUAGCAAGAUGUCAAACCAACGAGUGUUCAUCCUUAUUGCCUGCAUAUGGAUUAUAGCGUUGUUGCUGGGUCUGAUCCCAUCUUUUGGUUGGAGUUGUAUUUGCAACAUAAGUGCUUGUUCCAGAAUGGCUCCUCUUUAUAGCAGGAGCUACCUGAUCUUCUGGGCAGUAUCCAACUUGGUGGCCUUUCUGAUCAUGAUGGGGGUCUACUUGCAUAUCUUUAUCUACGUCAAGAGGAAGAUGACAAGGAUGUCCCAGCACACGUCGUCUCAACCCAAGUAUCGGGAGACCAUGAUAAACCUAAUGAAAACUGUCUUCAUUAUCUUAAGUGCCUUUGUGAUCUGCUGGACACCUGGCCAAGUUGUCCUCCUCCUGGAUGGUUUAAAUUGUAAGAGCUGCAACGUUCUGGCUGUUGAGAAGUAUUUCCUGCUCCUGGCUGAGAUCAAUUCCGUCAUCAAUCCUAUUGUAUACUCUUAUCGGGACAAUGAGAUGAGACUCACAUUCAAGCAGAUUCUUUGCUUCUGCUGCAACAGGGGCUCCAAAUACUCACCGGCUUCCCUUAAGUCAACUAAUACAGAGAGGAGAGUCUUGGCUGACAAUGGACACUCAAUGAGAGAAUGCAGUCUUUAGGCAUGUGUCUUCUGUAAUGCUCUCUGUCAGGAGCCCCAAAAUGUUAAAUCCACAUGAGAUACUACCAGUUGGAGUGCGGCCCAGCCCAUAACAAAUCUAAAGUAGGAUUUCAUGUGGACACAAAGUAACGUUCUUCAAGAUGCAUUGUCGUUUAUCUUUGGAAUGUUCCAUGGAAGGACAUUUGAUGACUGAGCCAAUGGUGCUGCCUUAUUUUUUUUUGUAUGGACACAUACAGAGGCUUCUCAAACUACCUUUAUAUAUCCAUACCACUAUUGGGAACCUUAAGAUUCAUAAAGACUUCUCUAGGCUAAGCCACAUUUAAAAACAUGGUGUAAUUUACGAUGAAAACAUUGUAGCGGACUUUUUUUUUGUGCCCAAUGGAUGAACAGUACCAUCUUCCAGUGGAAGAUGGCUAAUCAUUACAUGUAGCCACCAUGUCUCAAUGGGAUGUGCUAAUAUAGAGAUGUGUCAUCAAGGACUUGGAUGUUAAGGGUCUCAUUUGGGAGGGCAGUCUGGCUAACUAUGGCCUUCCUCUCUGACCACCACAUGCCAUUUUGAAAAAGUGCCUUGAGAUCACACUAUAUCUCACAUGGUUUGUCUUGUUAGAUAUUCCGGCCUGACAUUGCCAGCCAUGCUUGGAAGGGGGACUAUAGUCAUAGGGGAUUGCUAUGCUGCUUUCUAUGGUCAUCUCUACUUGAUUAACUAAACUCGCCUUCAGCUAUCCUCCAGGGGAGCCCUGCUUCUUUUUUUAUUGGGUGUUGUGCACUGUCCCAACUUGAGGUAUAGAGUAUUGGUGCACAGUAAUGAGUGGAGUACCCUGUUCUUCUACUAUGUCCUUAACUUGGGAGAAGAGGGCAAUACAAGGGGGAUCAAAAAUGGUUUUAGGCUUCUAAAUUCCAUAGGACUGUAGUCUUUGGGAUAUGGCAUGUUGACCCUAUAACUAUACUAAAUAAUGAAAUUAAAGUAUGACUUUAUUUGCCCUUUUCCUAAUGGCAAACGUGGGUGCAAUGUUCUGCCAUUACUCACCAUGGAUCACCUUCCAUAAACUAGAAAAUGGUUAACUGAAUCUUGGGAAGGCAAGGUGAGGCUAAGUGAUACCACAAUGUGCUCAAAGGGAAUAGCAUGUAUCCUCUAUUAUGGCUUUAAGCACAUUGUUACUGAAUGUUUACAGUCUGACUGUAUGAAAAAAAGUAUAUUCAGAGAAUUGAACCUGUGACUGCAAAAGGGACCAGCAAUGCAGUUAUUAUGAAAUAAUAUAUAUUUUGUUAUUGUCCGCUUUUAUAUAAACCCUUUUUUGUGUGGU